UGGAAUUCCAGUCCGUGAGGAAAGGCUGCGCUCGCCAGCUCUACCCAUUUGAAUCUAUUUCCCUGACUUCGCAUCUCAUGUCUCUUUCGUACCAAGCACACUAUUGUGUGGAGGAUGGCUGUAACAACGAGACCUACUUUGUCUCUCAUCCUGCCCCAGCCAAUCACAUGCGCUGCCAUACCUGUGCCUCCCAGGGAGCCUGGUGUCCUGAAGCUUCUCGCACUCAGAUCAGCUGUAUUGGGCAUCAGGACCAAUGUGUGGAUCUUGACAUCACAGGGAAGCUGGGUCAUUAUUCCAACCUCAAGCUGAAAGGCUGUACCAGUCUCCCCCGGUGUGAGGACACCUUGAGCUUUUACUCAGGAGGUCGGACCAUCCAUGCCAGCUGCUGCAAUACUCCACUUUGCAACUCCUUCACCCCAGCCAGCUGUGAUGAAAAUGGGCUGUUGAGGAUGGGCCAGAUGGGUUCCCCCUAG